UAUAUGACUUUGAGGAAGUCUCUGCUUCCCUUCUGUGGGUCCCCAGAUUUGUAUUUUAUUUCUUAAAAGAAUACCAUGAAUUGCCACAUUACUUAUGGAUGAAGAGGAGGGAGACGGAGAGUAUGUCUUGGAUUUAAUGAGGUGACCUCCCAGCGUGUACUUCUCCCUGUUAAAGCUGGCUGGUGUGUUGGAGCUGCGGUGCGUGACGGGUCAGGCUAUUACCGUACUUCCAAAAGCACACUCUUGCUCAGAGGUUCCCUGUCGAGCCAAAAAAUGAACCUGCCAUCCAGAGAGGAGUUUGAAGGGUGGGACCAGGCGCGAGUAGCCUUCUUUUUGAGCAGGAACAAAAUGCAGGAAUGUGCUGCUGUCGUCAACAGACUGAGGAUUAAUGGACAAAUACUUCUGAGCCUGUCCGACAGUGACAUGAACCAGUUCAGUCUCAUCCACCGACCGCAGCUUCAAAAGAUUGUCCAAGACAUCAAGAAGAAUGAUGGCAGCUUGCUGAACAAACUGAGGAGGCUGAAGAGCAAGCCGCUUCCAAAAGUGCCUGCGAGAGAUUACAGAGAUGACAGGGAAGAUGGUGAACUGUCUGAUACGGACUACGAUAACGACGCGUAUGUGGAUCCCCGCGAGGACCAGGACGACAGCUACGAGCCUCCUCCCAGCCACAGGGCCUUCACCACGACUCCCUCUGCCCCCUUCUCGAGGGGGGAGUAUCUCGACAACCACCGUCACCGGCCCUGCCGGCCGCCCAGAAAGCCCCUCCGCCCAGGCAAAGACUCCAAGCAACUGCCCCCUGAACCCACUCAGCAGGGGAGCGAUGAAGACUACAUCGAUCCCGACUGCAGCAACGACGACGACGACAACUACGUGGAGCCCGCGGGGAAUCCGUCCUCCAAUCCUGUGAUGCAUGGUGGGGGCAGAGCAGGGAGGGAGCAUCCCAUGUUGCACACACCUUUACCAGAGCGUCCACCCAGUCCCGACUUUUAUGAAGUUCCUGACAAAGAGGGAAACUCAUUAUCUCUUCCAGCAAGCAGACUGUGUCCAAGCCCCACAACACAGUCGCAUUCUCUGCCACCAAUGCCAAGCCCCAGAGGGAACACGAGGAGAUCGCCCACUGCUGUCCGGGAACCUUCGGAGGACGAUGAAUAUGAAGUCUGUGAUCCAGGGGACCGUUCCAGUGAUAAACCUGCAGACGGCCCUUCUCCACCAAAACCUUUUUCCAGAGAGUCACCAAAACCACCGAGGCCAGAUUUAAAACCUAGGGAAUUUGACAGGCGAACGCUGCCGGUGAUGAGGAUCGAACAGAAGCUCCCGCAAAAAGCUUUCACACUGGACACGAAACGGCCAAAGAUUCCCUUUCCACAGUUGACCCCCCCCAGGCCAGCCGACAGAGGAAGCGUGUCUGCUGAGAACGGCUCGCCAGACCAAGACAAGGACGCAGACAUCGAUAAGAAGCCCUGGUACGGCGGCGCAUGUGACCGCAAGACCGCCGACGACGCCUUGUGUCGCUCCAGCAGGGGCGGGGCGUUCAUGGUGAGGAAGAGCUCCGGGCAGGACGCACAGCAGCCGUACACGCUGGUGGUGUUCUACAAGGGCCGGGUGUACAACAUCCCGAUCCGCUUCAUAGCGGCCACGCAGCAGUACGCUCUGGGGCGAGAGAAGAAGGGGGAGGAGCAUUUCAGCAGCGUCUGCCACAUCAUCGAGAACCACCAGAGGACUCCUCUGGUGCUGAUUGAUAGCCAGAGCAACGCCAAGGACACCACCAUGCUGCGCUUCCCCACGAGGCCCUAGAUUGGCCCUCGCCAAAGCUCCACGCAACUCCACCUGCUGCGUCUGACAAGACUAUCGUUUACAGGCCUCGUCGUCUCUCCCCCUCCAGUGUCGAGAUCCCCGCCUGCACUGCUGGCCAUGCAGAGCCAAAGUAGCGCCGACGCAGAUUACUUUUUAUUAUGAUGGUUGUUCUUAUUUUUAAUGCUUAGUCAGUAAACGGUGUGUGAAAAUAAAUGCAAAGGAAGGAGACAGCAUUGAUGAAGCUGGUAGAAUAUUUAUUUAUGACAGCAAUACUGUAUGUUGGGGGAGCCCAAGAUUGUAUAUUUUUGUUUUAUUAAAAAAAGUUUUUUUUUUUAAAAACA